UGGACAAUGCUAAAAGAGCAGGGUUGGUAGUAUCCAUUCCAUAAUCUUUUGGAUGUGGAUAGUCGCCAGUCUUCAGCUUGAUACUUUCAAGCCUCCUGUCAUGGGGUCGUAAACGUCGUAUGUUGUCAUCCGUCGUCAAAAUGUAGUGACACCUGUAAGACACAUGCGGAGUAAUGAGGGGGUUGAUCAACAUAAAAAGGCCGAAAUAUCGCUCGUUUGAUCUCUUACUUCAUCCUCACUCUUCAUCUUUGUAUUUGUUGGCCUCACAUAAACGAUUCUUCCUUCAUCAUGUUGCUCCUCAAACCCCUUGCACUGUUCUCAUCACUUGCUCUGGGCUCUGCCAUCCCAAAUCUCGAGAAACGCGCUCCAUAUCAGACACGAAUCUUGGAUACUGGAACCACCUUUGUAGAAGAGAAUAAUGGAUGGUGGCAAUUGAUUGAGUAAGCUGUCCUCCAUCUACAAUCUCUCUUCUCGUUUCUCUAUCAUACAAGCCGGGGGGCCUUUUCUCUACUCCUACCCAAGAGUGACUUUUUGAUUAGCCUUACUAACAGGAACACAGCGCCACUGGUGAUGGCAGACCAGACUUAGCCUACAUCAAGAAUAAGAACACAGGGACUGGAUCUGUCGAAGUUCAUAUUGCCUCUUCAUCUUCCAAUUUCCAGACUCGAAUUCUUGAAGUCGGCACCACAUUUGCCCAGGAAGAUAACGGAACAUGGCGUCUAUUCAAAUCAUCCAACUCUGUUCUCCCUGAUUUGAUAUACAUCAAGACACAAAAUACCCCAUCGGGAAACGUAGAGGUUCACAUCGCUAGCGGAGCAUCAACUUACAAAACACGUACUCUUGAAGUUGUUACCUCAUUCGGGAAUGAGCAAGAUGGUCAAUGGAACGUGUAUGAUUAUGAUGGCGAUGGAAAGCCAGACUUAGUCUUCAUUAAAACUAGCAAUACCGGCACGGGAACAACCGAAGUAUUCGUCGCAUCUGCUGCAUCCAAUUACCAAACAAGACUCAUCAGCACUGGGACUACCUUUACGGUGGAAAACAACGGUUUCUGGCAACUUGGGCCUUACAGCGCUAAUGGAGAUUUGAUCUAUAUCAAAGACGUCAAUACUGGCACCGGGACAACAGAGGUCCACGUUGCAUCGAGAGCAUCGGGUUACAAAACUAGAUUGUUGGAUGUCGGCUCUACUUUCGCUCAGGAACAAAAUGGAGUUUGGAAAUUGAUUGACUUUAAUCUUGAUGGCAAGCUCGAUCUUACUUAUAUUAAGUAUCAGAACACUGGAACGGGUACAGUUGAAGUACAUGUUGCUAGUGGUUGAUUUGGAGUAGUUGGGAUUGUAUUGGUGGUGGUGGUAUGAAUGUGGAGUUAGACUAUAACUGGUGUGAAAACCAUUCUUUUGGCUCGAUUAAAUGUGGUAAACAGGUAUAUAUGGAAUUUAGGGUUUGUUUUAAAAUAUACAAUACCCGUUUCAUCUGUUUAUGAUAGCUUCCGUACUUAUGAUGGUUUAUUUUCACAUAAUGACACAUUCCCCCCC